AUGACCAAGUACCACCUCUUGAACCCGAACAUGGGUGUGUCGUCACGACGAAAUCGAACCGGCAUCAUGGUCUUGUUCCCGAAGCUGUGUUCUGACCGUGUUGUCCAAGGGGUUCGAGCAGGGACACAUCUCCACGAGCAUGUUAAUCUUCAUCCUCACGUUGCGAAUGGUCUCCUCGAUCAUGACCGUGUUGGCGUUGAGCACCAGAUUCAGGUCCACAUUCUUCGGCGGAUUGCGAUCUCAUGGUUCUCGUGGAUGUACUGUUCACGUACAUCGCUUUGUCGGCACAGGUGGUCAGAUCGACAUUCGACCUCAGCCCCAGUGCGCGUUGAUGCGCUCGAAUACGAACGCCACUAUCCUCUUGAGCUCGAAGUGGCCCAGGUCGGAGCCGCUCCUCGCGAAGAAGUCAAUCCAGGGAUCGCCCUCUACAUCCUCGUCAAAAGAGGUUACCGAGAAGACCGUCUGCAUGAUCCUCUGCUUGAUCUCCUCCGCCUUCAUGAUAAGGAUGUUCCAGUGGGACAACCUCACGUCUCAGAUCCAGGGCAUGCUCGCAAAGCUCUUCGUCUCGUCCUGCAUCUUCGGCUUCGGACUGAUACUGUACGACAACUGCAUGUUCGGGCUGAUCUUCAUGUAGAUUUCCGUGACCAAGUCCAUGUACUUCUUCUCCAUCCUCUCCACGCUCAUGCUCAUGUUCGCGGCGAUCCUCCCGCCCAGACACAAGCUGCACUCCGUGAAGACCACCAUGUUGACGUCCGGAGACCGCUUCGGAGUCGGUUUCAUGUUCAUGACCGGCUGGAGACUUCUGACCACGAGAUUGCGCUUGCAGUCGACGCAGAUGAUGUUAGUGAUGGUGUUCUUGCUCAUGUUGAUGGUGUUGGCCUGUGUAUUCAGCUGCGUGUUGUGAGUCCAGUAGUAUCCCGGGUUGAAGACGACCAUGAAGCAGUACACUUAACGUGCGCAUCAACACGUACACCCGAAGAAGCACGAAUAUCUACUUCAACAUGUCCACGUUCGGCGGGGACAUGGCGACGCUUCCUUCCCCUCGAGUUCAUCGUGCAGGCCAUCCGAGACUUGAAGAACAGCUUGAAACACGGGCCGUCGUGCGUCAGAUAUAGCGUGGUGCUUCUGGAGUCCACCAUCAGGUGUGACGGUCACGUCGACUUCACUAUCGUGGCGGACGAUGAUAAUGAUGUUCCAGCUGAUGGUCGGCAUGCGACGAAGAACAUGAACGACAGGUUGAUCGACAAGUCGGGAGCCAGGCUGCUCAUGAUGUGGCACAACCUCAGGCGGGAGUGGAAGCUCAGGAACCCGGUCAGCGGCGCACGUCGAGGCGGAUGCUACCUCGUCAGGAGAUCCGUCUACAUGUUGGAGGAGAUAAUUAACUCGAACACGGGCUACGACAUCCGCUUCGCCCUGCAGGCCCUGGAGACUGAGAGCAUGAACCGGGACCUCGAGAGGGCGAGUCUGACGCUGAACGGCGCGGUGCAUGAGCACGGAGAGCAACUCGACGGUAUCAACACGGACCAAGUCAUCCCUAUCAUCAUGGACAGCUCGAAUGUCGUCCCGAGGCAUACGAACAAGCUCGCGAUCUGCGUUCCACACAACAAGUUAAUCGUGCACACGAGCUCGUUCAUCAAGAUACUGCUAAUCGAGAGCACGAACAUGGAGAGAACCAUCGGCUCUGGGGGUGAGGUAUAUUACUUACGGAUGCUUUUGGAUGUGGUUCGUGGACCGACGAGUUUCGAGGAUCUCUAUGUUAUGAAUGGUGUUCCAUGUGAGUGGUAUUACGAUGUAUGUGCUCUACAAGGCUUGGUUGAACAAGGAAAUGAAUGGGACCUCUGCCAGUACACUGCCGCAACUGCGGUGCAGUCUUACGCUGUCCCUGCGAUUCUCGCAGGACAUGAGCUAAUCUCCAUUGCUCAAACUGGAUCGGGCAAAACCGCGGCUUUUCUGAUUCCAAUUCUUUCCAAAUUGAUGGGAAAGGCACGCAAGCUCGCCGCACUCUGUCCCAACACUUCACACCACGCGAAGGGAAGUAGUGAGACGAAGCCUAGGGGAAUCGAGCUCACCCACAUGCCCAUGAUGGAGUUCACGACCGAGAGGCCCGAUCCAAACAACAGCACCUGCGUGGUGGUCUAUACUAUGUGCAACAAGUGCUUGAACGACUUCUUCAUCGCGACCACCAACGAGGUCGAUCCGGGAGACAGCCUCAGCUACGAGGUCCUGAGGAUGCGGAUGGCUCGCUACAUGUGCAGGUCGCUGAACGGACAGAAGAUCGCGACUCAGAUGGGGUACGACGACGUGAUGUGGGAGAGAUCAGGGUUCGUGGCCAGGAGGAAUAUCAUGCAGUCCGUCACGACCAGGACGACGUUCACGACCUUCAGUGUGCUGUCGAUCGAGAAUCAUCAAUACGGAGCUGUGGUUCGAACAGGGAGUUCAACUGCAAAUUUCGACUUACCGACCGAACUGAAUCCCACCUGUGAACACGAAGAUGAAACCGUUUCUGUAGCACAUCAAGAACACCAAGACCGAGGAGGUCGUGAGGAGAGACACGGUCUUCUUCAGGAAGGUCAACGAGGCAUUCGGCGAGUUCAGCCAGUGGCACAAGUCCGUCUCCGUGUGCGAGAACCUGACGUUCACGACACGAAGCAGUACAUGAUGUACAAGAAGGCCGAGAUGUUCGACGACACCGAAGUGAUGCGGGAGACCAUCAACACACCCGACGAUCACCCCCAACGUGCACAGGAGAAUGGGAAGGAUGGUCAGGAACUUCAACGAGCACGUAUGGCUCCGCAGAAUCGCGACCUCAUGAAGAUGCUCCUGGACGCGAGUGACAAGGAGUUGGUGGAGGCGAGCCCGUACGACAGGAUCUGGGGCAUUGGAUUUGAUAAGGCCCAUGCUGCCGCCGACGUUACGAACUGGGGCUCCAACAAGCUCGAGAGAUCUUUGCUCGAGGUUAGGGCCAUGAUCAACGACAUGCUGAGGCUGACGCCUAACGGGAUGACUGGAAGCAUCCCCGUGACUACAACCACGCUGGCAUUCUGCGACUUGUGCAUCACCGAGAACAACCACAUGAUCAUGAACACCCUGGUGGAGGGAUCCAUCUACAUGGCCACCCUCAGAAGAGCCAUCAUGGAGUACGCCGGAUACAAUGACAAGCUCACGACCGUGGUCUGCGUGGGAUGCGAGGUCAACUACACGCCCGCCUUCGAGCAGAUCAACAGGAUCGAGCACUGCAGCAGCCGCAAGAAGUGGAGGUUCGCUUACCUCUUCGGAGGGGAUCUAUUCGUCUACAUGACGUGCUACACGUGUGCGGAGGAGAAUCCUGAAAGGGUCAUGAAUCGUGAUCAGGUGUUCGAGAGCUACGUGGAGGCGUGCAGAGCCGGGCAGGAGAUGACGGAUACGAGCCCCGAGCUGAACCAGUAUCUCUACAACCAGCAGGUGAAGUACAUAACCGCGUAUCAGAAGCGCAGUCGAAAUUCGAGUCGCAGGACCGGCCAUAGCUUUAUGGACCUCGUGUACAUAUACAUCUACCUCCUCACCUGCAUCCACGCGUCCACCUUCAUGGGACUCGGUCUUGUUCUCCUUCGUCAUCGGGCUGUUGAUCACCGUCAGAACCUUGCUGACGACGAACUUCACUAUCGGCAACGUGUCCUUCUUCACGGACGCCAGCUCCUUGGUCUCCACCUCUCCGUCCCAGCUCACGGCCUCCCCUCUGUUCAUGCACUCGUUCUCAUUCUACCCCAUGACCUCACAGAAGAUCGAGCCCAUGCCCCCGUAUCUGACUCUGUAGCCGCACGACUGUGUGACCCUGACUAUCUUCUUGAGGUAGUAUCGAGCCAGGUGGGUGGUGAUCUCCGCGCACGUCUUCGAGGACAUGGCUCCGUGUCUGCUCCCCAGCAUGCCGUAGAAGCUGCACACGAGCGCCUUGAUGCAGGAGGCCAACUCCGAGUUCUUAUCCGUCUUCGCGUCCAUCCUCAUCUGGAUGAGCUGGUCCAGGAUCACGCUGAGCAUAGUGGGCGAACCUCUAACGAUGGCCAUAUACCCGAACUCGUCCCUCAUGCCAAUCACCUUCAAGGACUCGACCACGUCCCCGUACUCCAUCUCCCGCAUCAAGGACCCGUAGAGGGAGUUGCCGUCGAUCUGGAUCACGCCCUUGAAGCAGUAGGGUUCGGGUUCGAGCACAAAAUCGCCCUCGAAGUCAGUCUCGUCUACGCCGAAGGUUCUGCUCAGAUCCAGGCACAUCCCGAAGCUCAUGGAAGUGGACUGAAUCAGACGGAAGUCCAUCAGUCCGGUGUUGUUCGCGAUGGCGUCCCAGAUUGUGCUUCUUGA